CAAAAAAAGCUUACACAUCCUCUAUCCUAAUCAAAAACUUUCCAGGUAAUUGAGAAAAAUGGCUGAGAAGAUCAAACAGGCUUUGGUAUCAGUCAAAGGUUACACUACAAGAAAAGAUGAGCAACUGCCUACCUUCCGAUCCGAGGAAGAGCUCAAGCGCCAGAAGAGGAUCAAGUUGUUUACAUACAUUGGUAUUUUCAUUGUGUUUCAAAUCAUAGUUAUGACCGUAUUUGGUCUCACCGUGAUGAAAGUGAAGACACCUAAGGUAAGAUUUGGAGCCAUUAAUGUCCAAGAGCUUACCUCCGCCCCUGCAACACCUUCCUUCAAUACAAGAUUCACAACCCAAAUCAGGGUCAAGAACAAAAAUUGGGGUCCCUAUAAAUUUGAUGCAGGCACUGCAACAUUCAUGUACCAAGGGGUGUCUGUGGGGCAAGUUACUAUUCCAAAGAGCAAGGUUGGGAUGCGUUCUACCAAGAAGAUUGAUGUCACCAUGAGUUUGAGUACCGAUGGAUUACCAAGCAGUUCAACUCUCAGCAAUGAAUUGAACAGCGGGGUGUUGACGCUGACCAGCCAAGCCAAAUUGACCGGAAAGGUUGAAUUGAUGCUCAUAAUGAAGAAGAAGAAGUCUGCCAGUAUGGACUGCACCAUAGCUUUUGAUUUGUCCACAAAGACUGUCAAAAGUUUACAGUGCAAAUGAGAGAUGAGCUACUACUACUUCCAGCUACUGGAUUGAAAUUGAUCAAGACUAGUUCUUGAUAUGUUGAUUUAUUUCAUUCUAUUUGUUUCUUUGAUGCUUGGCUUUGUUAUAUGAUUUCAUUUAUUCAUUGAUUUUUUUUUCCCAGAGGCCACUGGU